AUGACAAAUGUUUCUCUAGUAACUUCAACAACUAGCACACAAGAAAAGGUGUGUGCUUUUAGCUAUUGGACUAUUUAUAUCUACAAUGGGAUCAACGAUUCUUUUACUGUGCACGUACAAUCAGCUGAUGACGAUCUUGGAAAUCGAACACUGCCAUUCAAUGGUUCUACAGAUUGGGGUUUCUGCAUGGGUAUCACCUUUAAGACUCGAUUUUAUGCUCACUUCUACUGGAAUUCCAAAACAGCUUUCUUUGAUGUUUUUGAUUAUACUACAAGCAAUCAUCAUUGUAGCGAAAGAAAGAUUUUCAAACAACAAAGAUGUGUUUGGUUAGUUAGAGAUGAUGGGUUCUAUUUAUCCUCACAACUUAGUCCGUUUCCGAUAGGAUGGACUAAGUUGCAUGAAUGGUCAUGA